AUGAAUGGAACGGAGGGUCCCGACUUCUACGUGCCCAUGUCCAAUAAGACGGGCUUGGUGCGGAGCCCCUUCGAGUUCCCCCAGUACUACCUGGCCGAGCCCUGGAAGUACUCCCUGCUGGCAGCCUACAUGCUCUUUCUCAUCAUCACGGCCUUUCCCAUCAACUUCCUCACGCUCUACGUCACCAUCCAGCACAAGAAGCUUCGCACUCCGCUCAACUACAUCCUGCUCAACCUGGCUGUGGCCGACCUCUUCAUGGUGGUCGGGGGGUUCACCACCACCCUCUACACCUCUCUGCAUGGUUACUUCGUCCUGGGGGUCUUGGGCUGCAACAUAGAGGGCUUUUUCGCCACCCUGGGGGGGGAGAUCGCCCUGUGGUCCUUGGUGGUGCUGGCGGUGGAGCGGUACGUCGUAGUGUGUAAGCCCGUCAGCACCUUCCGAUUCGGAGAGACGCACGCCAUCAUCGGGGUGGCUCUCACCUGGGUCAUGUCGCUCACCUGCGCCGUGCCGCCCCUACUUGGCUGGUCCAGGUACAUCCCAGAGGGCAUGCAGUGUUCCUGCGGGAUUGAUUACUACACUCCGAAGCCAGAGAUCAACAACACCUCCUUCGUCAUCUACAUGUUCAUCCUGCACUUCACCAUUCCGCUAGCCAUCAUAUUCUUCUGCUACAGCCGCUUGCUGUGCACAGUCCGGGCGGCAGCGGCUCAGCAGCAGGAGUCCGAGACCACGCAGCGGGCUGAGAAGGAGGUGACCCGCAUGGUGGUUGUCAUGGUGAUCGCCUUCCUCAUCUGCUGGCUGCCUUAUGCCAGUGUCGCCUGGUACAUAUUUGCCAAUCAAGGUGUUGACUUCGGGCCCGUGUUCAUGACCGUCCCGGCUUUUUUUGCUAAGAGCGCCGCCCUCUACAACCCUGUCAUCUACAUCCUGCUCAACAGACAGUUUCGGAACUGCAUGAUCACCACUGUGUGCUGUGGCAACAACCCAUUCGGUGAUGAGGAGACCACCACUGCUUCGUCGAGGACCCAGACCACCUCUGUGUCCACUAGUAAAGUGACUCCAGCUUGACCGCAGGACUCUAACCCCGACCCCUGACUCCACCUAUGCCCAGCGCCUGGGAAAGCCAUCGCCAUGCAGCCGACUGACCAAUGCACAGUCCUCACCUCUGGUCACG